UCCUUUUAUUUUUAUGACUUCAUUAAGACGUCUAGGUAUUGAAGAAACUAAAGUUUUGGGAUUGGUCCAUUUCCACCCACUCCUAACAUAGGGCCGCCUUUAAAUUUCAUUUGCUGCCUAUUUCCUUUCCCCCAAGUUUGGCUUCAAUUUAUUUCACAACUGUUCAAUGGGGCUUAUAUCGGGACUCUGCGGAGGUGCUUUCACUACAGGAGGAAUGUUGUACAACAUCCAUAUGCGCGUAUUUAAUGCCGUGUGCUUUAGGUCAUUAUCCUGAUGAAAGUAAAGUGACGACUCAAAGGGCUAGGCCCAAGAGCUUGCAAUAUAAAUGUUUAUAUUAGGCACUUGAGGCGGGACACACUGGCUUAAAUCAGCAGCGGAGCCAAGUGGAAAACGUCAGGGCGACAGUAGGCAGAAGUCUCGUUACUUCAAAGUAAAACAACCGGAAUUCGUGCUGCUCAUCUAGCUCGGCUUUCAUCAACUGGAGCCUAACCCGACGGAAUGGUUAAUCCGUUUCGCUGGUGUCGCAUGUCGCACGACUGCGUGUUGCAGAUUAAUGUGGUUUUGGUGGUGGUCGGACUGAUCUUUCUGCUUGACGUGCUCAGCCACCUCUACCUGAAGGUGGUCAUGUUCCCGGGCCUGCGUCUAUACCCGGUCGCCUUGCGCCCCUGGCUCUUUUGGGUACGCGCUCUGACAAUGGUUGCCUACAUUCUGAACGCGGUUCUUGGGAUUUGCAUGGCCCAACAUCCGACCGCCUUGAAGUUCGCGGGCUAUGUGCUCAUAGGCUGCGUGGUAUUGCUGUACACAGUUAGCAUCGGAGUGACUCGCUUCAUGUAUCGCGGAAGAUUCGAGUUCUUUGUCGAGAUGCUGGUGCUGCAGAUGUGGGUGGGAAAGAGCCUAGGCAAGGUCGAAGUCGAGUUCGAGUGUUGCGGAAUGACCGGCGUAGUGGACUACCAGACAGCCUCGAGCAACCGCACCUGGCCCAUUGGCUCCUGCUGCGGGCAGCAGAACUGCACCGGAUGCACUUCGAAACUCAGCAAAUACCUGUGGACCAUCGAGAUGGAUGUGGCGAGGGAUAAUAUUACCGUAUCCGUGCUCUUGUUCAUGGCUAUGAUCGUCAUGGUUUUACACUUCAAGGAUGUGCAAUCCCUCGACGACUUUGGCGAUGCAGAGGAGACUUCAGAACUGGCCGCAGACGACUCGGACGCCAAGGAAUAAGCCCCAUUCCUAUCUAGACUAUAUAUGUUCCUGGUUCUGGCUCCUUUGGCUCAUAAACUUUGAUAAGGGCACAUUAA